AAAAGUUAAAAAUAUUUAAAAGUUUGAAAACGAAAAAGAAUCCUUAAAAAACACUUUGACAUCCGGUUAAAAAACAAAAUUAAACCCUUAAAUGCCAUUAAAUCCAGGAAUUUUAUAUGAGCACAUUUUCCAAACGAUCACAACAACAAAAUGUCCCGAACAGACGAACAGAGUCUAAGGGAAUUAUCGCUAAAUAAUAAAUCCAAAUUAGCACUGAGGCUUGCAAAUCGUGUUUCGUUUGGUGAAACGGCAAAUAGAUCGGUAGCAGAUGAUGAAAAUGAAUAUGAGGUACUGCCAUCGACAUCAGCUGCAUUGGCUAGAAUAGCGUCUUCACCAUCAGUGUCAUAUACGAAUUCAUUGCCUUCAUCGUCGUCAUCAUCAACGAAACCCCUAAAACGUAAUACACCCAUACUCUUCUCAACCAAUCGAGGCCUACAUCUUAGAAUGCCCUCCUCAUCCACCUCCAAUUCCUCCGCAAGUGGCAGUAACUACAACAACAACAAUAACCUAACCUCAACAACUAAAAGUUCCGGUGAAAGAGGAAGUGGUGUUGUAGGUGGCAGCAGUAGGUUGAGUAAAAGCCGAACUAACAAUAACACCAGCAAUACAGUCAUAAAUCCUAGUUACACUAUAACAUUCUGUGAUUUGGAACGAUGGAGUACGAAUCGUGCUAACGCCGUCAGCUUGGAAGAUACAUUUACAAUCGCCCGCCCUGCAGUCGUGCCGAAUUCGGCCACCACCGGUUCGCUGGCAUCGAGUAGUCUGCGAUUUGUACCACAAAAAACGACAACGAAUUCAUCGAUACGUUUUAAGGGCUAUUCCAGAUUUGAUGUGGAAUAGAGUUUGCACCAACGGACAAAUGGCAGUGUCUAUGCUACUACUCUCUACGUUUCUUCCAGUGUUCAAGUCAAGAAGUUAUUGUUGUUAUUUCUAUACUAUGGAUGUGU